AUGCAUGAUAGUGGUGAACCCUAUAGUAAACAAGUUAAGGUUUCUGAAAUUCCUUCCGUCUCGGGUCAUGAGGAUCUUAUCACUGAACAUAUUCCCACAAAAGUUGCUAAAGAUAGUUGUGAUUCUCUAUCUAAUGUGAUUAGUCCAUCUGAAUUAAUUGAUCCUAUUGUGCACGACUCUGGGUUGAGUUUUAAUAUUGAUGUUGAGAUGAAUGUAUCUACUGUUAAACUAACUGAUUCUAUUCUUCGAUUGACUGCAUCUGAUUUUGCUUGUGUUUCUGAUAAAAAUGAAGAGAUGAAUGAACAAGUAACUAAAAGGUCUGUUGAUCAGUUACCUACGGUUGAGACUAUGAAGAAGGUGGUUAGAGAGAGUUUUGAAAUAGAUAGAACAAAUGUUGACUCUGGUCAAAUAAAUACUGGAGAUGCAAGUACUAGUUCUGAGUCAUCCAAAGACAGUUCUGAUGAAGAAGAUGUUGAAAAGAUGUCUGAGUCCCCUAAAGAGCGACGUUUCAAUUGCACAGUGUCUUUAGAUGGUACAGGAAAUUUUGUUAAAGUUAAUGAUGCUAUAGCAGCAGCACCAAAUUUUAGCACGACGAGGUUUUACAUUCACGUGAAACCUGGAAUUUAUAACGAAAUUGUUCAAGUUCCAUCUCAAAAGACUUUCAUUGCUUUAAUUGGGGAUCAUACUUCUACCACCAUAAUUGUUAACAAUCGAAGUAAUGCAACUGGUUUCUCCGCAGCAACUACUGCAACUCUCAGUAAACUUCAAUUCUUCUCCAUCAUAAUCCUAGCUCGUUUGUUUGCUGUAAAUGGAGAAAACUUUAUGGCUCAGUUCUUGACCUUUGAAAACUCUGCUGGACCAAAGGGGGGCCAAGCAAUUGCUGUUUAUGACCAAACCAAAAACACAGCAUAUUACAAGUGUGUGUUUUUGGGUUAUCAAGAUACUCUCUUUGCUGCAUCAGUUCCCCAAUUUUUCAAAGAAUGGGAUAUAUAUGGAAGCAUUGACUUCAUUUUCGGAAACGGACUUACAGUAUUUCAAGAUUGUAAUAUAUAUGCUCGAUUACUUAGCAUUGAGAGUACCAUAACGGCACAAUCAAAAGAUGCUAGUGAUGCUUCGAGUGGCUUUGUCUUCCAAAACUGCAAUGUGACCGUGUCGCCGGAGAUAGCAUCAAGUAAAGACAAGGUAAUGGUGUUUCUUGGACGGCCAUGA